CGGACGCCGGGGCCAUAUGUGCUGGCGGGCCACUUGUGCGCUGAUUCUUCGUCGUGCAGGCGCAGUCAAUGGAGUCAGCCAGCCUGCCAAUCGCUGGCCAGUGCCUGCCGAAUAAGUUGGAUCACAGAAUGUGCAGCCGUCACGUUCUCUCAGAAUGGUUCCCAGCUUCAUGGAUUGGGAGACCGGCCAGUCGGGCUCAAGCGCAUGGCUAGGGAUGCGCAACGCUUGUAUUCUCAUCGAUAGCCGGGAGUAUAUUGCCAUUCCAUCUCGAGUCAUGCGACGAAUACGCCCGAAGCACAAAAUGGGCAAGCGAAGUCCGGUGAUCGCGCGAGCAUGUUACGCAGUGAAGCGAUCGGAGAGAAGCACGGAGGAAUCCAAGCGCGUUGUGAAGGACAAGAUGGACGUCGAGAUCAAGUCGGAAGACAUACGAAGUUUCAAGCAAAACGAGCAUGUAGUCCGUGAGAUAUGCGAGGUACAAUCAAGAGCGCACCCAGGCAAAGUUGGUCCCGAGACUCACCUACCUCACCCAGCGCCCGCCUCGGCGAUAUUUCCGAAAAAGGCAGCGCGCAAUUGA